CGUGCUUUCAUUUGCUUUGCCUCGCACAAAUACAAUUCACUCAUUUGCAAACGCUGACAAACUAACGACGCAAUGGACCUCGAAACUCCGAACAGUAACAAUGGCGAAUCCUCAAACCCAGAGCUUCCGAAUCCCAGCCGCUAUAACGAAGACGAAACCCAACCCUGUUUCGAAGAAAUUGAUAGCUCUUGUUCUACUCCUUAUGUUAGUGCUCCCUCUAGCCCGGGCCGUGGCGCCCUUGUCUCCGGCUUCUUCUACAGUGCCCCAGCGAGCCCAAUGCACUUUGCACUCAGCUUGGCUUUGACAUCAUCGAAUACAACAAAGCCUCAUUCUUCUUCAACAAUGGACGACUUUGAGUUCUCUGCGAGGUUUGGUUCGGGAGGGUUGGGUGGCACAGGGCCGUUUAUGAGCUCUGCGGACGAGCUUUUCUUGAACGGGAAGAUCCGUCCCAUGAAACUUUCGACCCACUUGGAGCAGCCUCAGGUCCUAGCUCCUUUACUGGAUCUCGGAGCAGAAGUGGAUGAGUAUGACGCAGAUCAGCAUGGCGUGAGAGGUAGAGAUCUGAGACUACGAGAUAAGUCUCUGCGCAGAAGAACCAGAUCUAUGUCUCCGGUGAGAAACACAGGACAUGAGUGGACGGAGAACGAAGAUAUCGAGAAAAACACGAGCUUGGCAGAGAAGGGUGUUUGUUUGGAAGUAGAAGAAAAUGAGAGGGAAAAGAUUGAAGAGUUGUGCUCAGAGACUACCACUCCUUCGGUUUCUGCUUCGUCUUCAAGAUCUUCUUCGGCUGGGAGGAGCUCAAAGAGGUGGGUUUUCUUAAAAGACUUUCUCAGAAGCAAAAGCGAAGGGAGAAGCAACAACAAGUUCUGGUCUUCGAUUUCGUUUUCUCCCAUUAAAGAAAAAAAACCUGGAAACCAAACGCUUCCAAGCCUCGUUGCAAGAGAUAAGGAUAACAAGGUUACCAACUCGGUCACUGCGGCUUCAGAAUCGGAGAAAAGUAAGGGAAAUGGACGAGCUUCGGCCAAGAAACCGGCCGGGAAGCCCACCAAUGGGGUCGGAAAGAGGCGCAUGCCGCCGUCACCGCAUGAGUUGCAUUACACAGCUAAUAGAGCCCAAGCUGAGGAAAUGAGGAGGAAGACUUUCUUGCCUUACAAGCAAGGGUUACUUGGGUGCUUGGGGUUUAGUUCAAAGGGUUAUGGAGCCAUGAACGGACUCGCCAGAGCUUUAAACCCAGUUUCCUCCAGGUAAAUAUCUCUGCUGGGGAAUGAAGAAAAAUUGUACAGAAUUAAUUUUUUUUCCCUGGGAGAAUUUUCUAUUUAGGAUCUUUAUGAUUAUAAUUAUCUAAGUAUUUACUGUUGGAUCUUCACUGUCUGCUUAAAAGAGAAGGUGUCCCUCAUUUUGAUGGGGUUGAUGAAGUAAUGGGGUUUCUUUUAUCCCCAGUUUGCUUUGUUUAGAGCUUAAAGUAUUGCAGCUGUAUCAGUUUGAUAUGUAUGGAACUCUCUCUAAUAGGUUUGUUAAUUUGUUGUAAGCCAUGAGGAAGAUAAUGGGGUUUUUCAAAAAGUAA